AUGUUAGUCGGCUUUGAUCCAUUGGUCCCUAUAUUUUUAUUGCAUGUAUGUGGCCAGAUAGGUCUACUUGAAAAGCGUUUAGACACUAUAUUUGCUGAAUUUCAAGACCCAAAAGAAAUAGAAGAACAAUUGAAGAAAAUGAUUAUAAAACUACAAAGUCUCUACAAGUUUGUGGAUAGUAUAAAAUCUUGCUUUACAAUCUUAUACGAAUUCAAUAUCAAACUUACUACUAUCGCUUUACCGCUUAUUGCGUUUCAAAUUAUCGAGGAUUUGCGAAAUCAUUGGAUAAAUAUAGAAUUUGUUGUUGUAUUUGUCGCAACAAUGUUGCACUUUUUCAUACCUUCUUACUAUAGUGACCUCCUGAUGAAAAAGAGUGAUGAUUUUCGGGAGGCAAUAUAUUCUUCGGGUUGGCAGAAGUGUCCUGAUAAACGUGUUCGCCAAAUUAUUUUGUUUAUGUUGACAAGAGCCCGAACGCCUAUGGGAAUUAGAACAGUGUUCUACGACAUCAACUUGGAUACCUUUGCUAACAUGUGUCACCAAUCAUAUAGCAUCCUUAAUGUAUUGAAUGCAGCUUGGAGAUGA